AAAAAAUCUAGGUUUUCGCCAUUUUUUUGCUUGGGGAAACAUUGUAUUUCAUAGUGAAAUAUAUAUAAAUAUAUUGGUAAUGUUGUAGCAGGAAUAACUGAUUCAGCAGUCAUGUAUAAGGAGAUAUUGYUCAUUUGCUCGGUGCUUAUCGCUGUUCAAGCAAGUAAAUCAGUUAUGAAAAAAGAUGAACUGUACGACACAGAAAGAGAUGCCAGGGCCAUUACGCCUGGAUAUUAUAGCCAAGAAUGUAAUAGCCACAAAGUCUGCAAAGAUCCAACUAAAUACUGCCAUAUGUUCUUGUGUGUCGACUGUCUAAAAGAAAAUGUCGCUUGUACUCAAAAUGGACAGUGCUGUCCUGGAUCAGAGUGCGUGUAUGGACGUUGUAAGGCUGGCUCCAAGCCUGGACAAUCAGGAACAUUUUGUGAUCGUCAAAGUGACUGUAAAGACCAAGAUCUUUGCUGUGUACGUGAGCCCGCAAUCAACCCAGCCAUCUCUAUUUGCAAGCCGGGUUUAGAUGAACACCAAACAUGUGGACCUUACAACCAAUACAGAACAGUCUAUGUGGGCGGCACAGUACAGCCUUCAUGYGGACCUUGUAAGCAAGGCCUAACCUGUAAACAAGUCGGAAUAUUUGGGGUCCAUCAAGUGUGCCUGCCCCAAGCCGCAGGAGCAGCAGCCGCACCUAAGACCAAGAAAUCRAGUUUGAAGGAACCAAUCAGUGACAGUUUUACUGCCCUUUAACGGCGUGAUUGAUUUUGUUGACUUUGCCACUUUCAUGACAGUAAUUGGGAUGCAUAAAGUAUAUCCAUAAAACAAGGAAUGAUAUAAUAUAUAGCGUUUCAUUGCAUGCCAAAACUAUUUGCAAAAUGUAACACUGCAUGUUUUUUUUUUAUGAA